AUGGCAACCCGUCUCGGCUUCUCCCGUGACAUCGUCAUUCGUGUCGUUCUUAUCGCAUACGCCUUUAGAGGUUUCCCAGCGGCCGACGAAAACACAGCAAUCGCGCCCCUCUGCAAUGCCCGACAAGCCUCCCCCGAACCACCAACCAAGAAACGCGUCUCGAAGCUCGCGAAAGAACACGGCGUGACAGCCGCGCAGGAAGCAGAGAUCAGGGAAGCGUGGAAGUUGUUCGCGCGUCAGCAUUCCGACUACGAGGAUGAGAAGGAGGGCGUGUUGGAAGCCGGUGAAGUGAGGCGAUGUCUGAUAGCCCUUGGCCUCACCGUCCCGCCCUCUUCCCUCCCCGAAAUCCUCGAUACGCUCGACCCCGAGUCCGACGGCUGGAUCCCCUUCGCCCACUUCUUCGCCUACGCUGCCUUGCGCCUGCUCCAGGCUUCCAGCGCGCCUGACCACCAGGCCGCGGAGAUCGAUGCCGCGUUUGCGCUCUUCACCGAGGGUAGCAAGGGGAAGAAGAUUAGAUUGUCGCAGUUACGGAGGAUUGCGAAUCAGAUCAGGGAAGAAGUCGGGGAUGAUGUGCUCAGGGAUAUGAUAUUGGAGGCGAAUGGGGGCGCGGGGGUCGAGGCGGGGGUUGGGAGGGAGGAGUUUGAGGGCGUUAUGAGGAGGGCGGGGGUGUUUGGGUGA